CGUACCAGAUGCUGGCUUCCUCACGAUUUCAUUCUCACCUCUCGCAAUUCCGAAAACGAUUCUGUCUCCAUUUCGAUAUCAGUUCAUCGGCGGCGCUCGUUCGAGUAGUUCGAGAGAACCGUUGAAGUAUCGACCCUUCCAAACGUGCGGGCUCAAUCAAGCGGCCGGUCACAGAUUCGAUUAAUGCGUGGGGCAGCCGCUUCGCCCACGAUUUCUAGAUAUCCGACGAUAGCACACCCACCGGAUUUUAGACCCGGUCCUAAUAAUCGCUUGCAUCGGGUCGAAACCCUGCUGGAAAUCAACACUGCAGCAAGACAGCAACAGGCCGCCGAGAGCUACAUUGUCAUCAGACAGAGCUCCUCUUCUUGACCUGUCACUCGAUUUAAUUCCGCAUCCUUCUAUCUGUCUUUUUUUUUGUUUUCCGCUUUCCUCCAGCAUUUCUGCAGCUGCCACUCCACCGUUGCAUGCAGAGGGCUACCAAUAUGGCGUCACAAGCCAAUGGCCAUGCGAACGGCCAACCCAGCAGCUAUGCGGCCAGGCAUAACCUGGCACCACAUUUUGUUGGAGGCAACCAUGUCUCCAAAGCGCCGCCCAGCAAAUUGAAGGACUUCGUUGUCGCUCACGAUGGUCAUACCGUGAUCGGAAGUGUUCUGAUCGCGAACAACGGUAUCGCAGCAGUCAAAGAGAUCCGAUCAGUACGGAAAUGGGCGUACGAGACGUUUGGCGACGAGCGGGCCAUCCAGUUCACUGUGAUGGCCACCCCGGAAGACUUGGCCGCCAAUGCGGAUUACAUCCGAAUGGCUGACCAGUACGUCGAAGUACCCGGAGGCACAAACAACAACAACUACGCGAACGUGGAACUCAUCGUGGACAUCGCUGAGCGCAUGAACGUUCACGCCGUCUGGGCAGGAUGGGGUCACGCAUCAGAAAACCCGAAGCUUCCAGAGUCUCUCGCUGCGUCACCGAAGAAGAUCGUCUUCAUCGGCCCACCGGGUUCGGCCAUGCGAUCACUGGGUGACAAGAUCUCGUCCACCAUUGUAGCGCAACACGCGGGCGUGCCAUGCAUCCCAUGGUCCGGAACUGGUGUCGAAGAGGUGGAGGUGGAUGAUAACAACAUUGUGACCGUGGCAGAGGACAUCUACGCCAAAGGAUGCGUCACCUCCGUCGAGGAAGGUCUGGUAGCCGCCAAGAAGAUUGGUUUCCCAGUCAUGGUCAAAGCCUCAGAAGGAGGUGGUGGUAAGGGCAUUCGUAAGGUCGACGACGAGGCCUCUUUCGCCGCCCUGUACAAGGCUGCCGCAAAUGAGAUCCCAGGAUCGCCCAUCUUCAUCAUGAAGCUUGCGGGCAAUGCAAGGCAUUUGGAGGUCCAGCUGAUUGCAGACCAGUACGGCAACAACAUUUCCAUCUUUGGUCGUGAUUGCUCCGUCCAGCGACGCCACCAGAAGAUCAUCGAAGAGGCUCCCGUCACAAUCGCCAGCCAAGAAACCUUCCGCAAGAUGGAAGCUGCUGCAGUCGCGCUCGGUCGACUGGUCGGUUACGUCUCAGCCGGUACUGUCGAAUACCUCUACUCACACUCCGAUGACAAAUUCUACUUCUUGGAGCUGAACCCUCGUCUCCAGGUCGAGCAUCCCACGACAGAGAUGGUGUCUGGUGUCAACAUCCCAGCUGCUCAAUUGCUCAUCGCGAUGGGUCUACCUCUACAUCGCAUUCGCGACAUUCGAUUAUUGUAUGGAGCUGACCCGCACACUACGACCGAGAUCGAUUUCAACUUCGAAAAGGAAGACAGCGCGUCACAACAGCGACGACCAAGACCCAAGGGUCACUGCACAGCUUGUCGUAUCACCUCCGAGGAUCCUGGUGAAGGCUUCAAGCCCUCUUCGGGUACCAUGCAUGAGCUGAAUUUCCGAUCGAGCUCCAACGUCUGGGGAUACUUCUCCGUUGGAGCUGCUUCAUCGAUUCACAACUUCUCCGAUUCACAGUUCGGUCACAUUUUCGCAUACGGAGAGAACCGUACAGCGUCAAGGAAGCACAUGGUCGUCGCACUGAAAGAGCUGAGCAUUCGUGGUGACUUCAGGACAACUGUGGAAUACCUGAUCAAGCUGCUCGAGACACCGGCUUUCGAAGAAAACACCAUCACCACCGGCUGGCUCGACGAGCUGAUUAGCAAGAGAUUGACCGCAGAGAGGCCGGACCCGAUUAUCGCAGUCAUCUGUGGUGCUGUCACCCAGGCUCAUUUGGCCAGUGAGCAAUGUCUCGGCGAGUAUCGAGCAGGUCUCGAGAAGGGUCAAGUGCCGAGCAAGGACAUCCUACGCAUCGUCUUCCCGACAGAGUUCAUCUACGAGGGCAUGAAGUACAAAUUCACAUCAACGCGCUCAAGCGCAGAUAGCUACACAUUGUACAUCAACGGUAGCAAGGUUCUGGUGAGCAUCCGCACGCUCUCCGACGGGGGAUUGCUUGUGCUCCUCGGAGGACGAUCACACAACGUCUACUGGAAGGAAGAAGUCGGUGCUGUUCGUAUGAGUGUCGACGGCAAGACUUGCCUGCUCGAGCAGGAGAAUGAUCCCACCCAGCUCCGGACGCCAUCUCCAGGAAAGCUCGUCAAGUACACUGUUGAGAACGGCGAGCACGUUAAGAAGGGCGAGACCUUUGCCGAAGUGGAGGUCAUGAAGAUGUACAUGCCUUUAGUUGCGCAGGAGGAUGGCUUGGUGAACUUGGUCCUCCAGCCCGGCGCUACCUUGGAAGCAGGAGACGUUCUCGGUGUUUUGCAAUUGGACGAUCCCUCCAAGGUCAAGUCCGCGCAACCUUUCCUCGGAUCAAUGCCCGAAUUUGGUCCGCCAGUCGUUCUUGGAACCAAGAUCACGCAACGAUUUGAGUUCCUGUUCGGCGUCCUAUCGAACAUCCUCAGCGGUUUCGACAACCAAAGUAUCAUGGCUUCUACGCUCAAGGACCUUAUUGCCGUGCUUCGUGAUCCGGAAUUGCCAUACGGCGAGUGGACUUUCAAAGCAUCUGCGCUUCACUCACGUAUGCCUCAGAAGCUCGAUGCUGCGUUCGAGCAGAUCGUUGAGCGUGCGCACAGCCGCAAGAGCGAAUUCCCUGCAAAGCAGCUCCAAAAAGCCUUCGAGCGGUUCUGCGCAGAGGCACUCAGUCCCUCAGAAGCCGAACUUCUCCGCACCAGCUUGGCACCACUGUUGGACAUCAUGAACAAAUACAGCGAGGGCCUGAAAGUGCACGAGUUCAACACUUUCAUCCGACUGUUCGACCAAUACAUUGCCGUCGAGAGCAUCUUCUCCGCUCGUCAGAAUCGCGAUGAAGAGGUCAUCUUGGCUCUCCGUGAUGCCAACAAGGACAAGGUCGUGAGCGUCGUACAGACCGUGCUCGCUCACACCCGUGCCAAUGCGAAGAACAAUCUCGUCGUUGCUAUUCUCCAGGCAUACCAGCCCAAUCAGCCUGGCAUUGGUAACAUUGCCAAGUUCUUCCGCCCCUCGCUUCAGAAGCUCGCCGAGCUGGAGGGACGACCUGUAGCUGUGGUCGCCCUGAAGGCUCGUGAGGUUCUUAUCCAGUGCGCUCUUCCAUCUCUCGAGGAGCGCAGCGCUCAGAUGGAGCACAUCCUCCGCUCAGCUGUCCGAGAAUCCCGCUAUGGCGAGAGCGGAUGGGAGCACCGUACGCCAAAUUACGACAUCAUCAGAGAAGUGGUCGACUCGAAGUAUACUGUCUUCGAUGUGCUGCCGACCUUUUUCGCCCAUCAAGACCCCUGGGUGUCUCUCGCUGCCCUCGAGGUCUACACACGUCGCGCCUACCGUGCUUACCAGCUUAAGAAGAUCGACUACAUGGUCACAGAUGAAGCUCCAUAUGUCCUGGCAUGGGAUUUUGCGCUCCGAAAAGUAGGCGAGGCCGAGUUCGGUCUCCCUGUCGCCUCAACACAUGCAUCCAAUCCUGGAACCCCUGGGCCAAACCAACUCUCACGCGUGCACUCCAUCAGCGAUAUGAGUUACAUUGACCGUAAGAUUGGAUCUGGUGAGCCUAUCCGCCGAGGUGCCGUUGUCCCAGUGCCCUUCCUCGAUGAAGUCGAUGAAUAUCUUGCCAAAGUUUUAGAAGCCUUCCCUCUGGUCGGAACUAAGCCAGCCAAGAGCGCUCAAGGGAACACGUUGUCGGCCGACCUGUCCAAGAGACGUGGUCCGCAAGUGGCGAAGCCUGAGAGCGACGAAGAGCUCACUGCCGUCUGCAAUGUGGCUAUCCGUGAUGCUGAGAGCACUGAUGAUGCCGAGAUCCUCUCUCGCUUGAUGCCGAUCAUCAAAGACUACCGCGAAGAACUCAUUGCUCGACGUGUGCGUCGUCUCACAUUCAUUUGCGGUCACAAGGACGGCACCUAUCCAGGAUACUACACCUUCCGUGGUCCCGCUUAUGAGGAGGACAUCAGCAUUCGUCACAUCGAGCCUGCGCUCGCUUUCCAACUUGAACUAGGACGUCUGUCGAAAUUCAACAUUCGUCCGGUUUUCACCGAGAACCGUAACAUCCACAUGUACGAGGCUAUCGGCAAGAAUGCGGAAACCGACAAGCGCUACUUCACUCGCGCCACGGUUCGUGUUGGCCAUCUGAACGAGGACAUCCCAACUGCCGAGUACAUGAUCUCCGAGGCUGACCGACUGAUGACUGACAUCCUUGAUGCCAUGGAAAUCGUUGGUAACAACAACUCUGACAUGAACCACAUCUUCAUCAACUUCUCGGCCAUCUUCUCCAUGGACCCCAGCAAACUCGAAGAGUCGCUUGCUAACUUCCUCGAUCGAUUUGGUCGUCGUGCCUGGAGACUUCGUGUCACAGGUGCUGAGAUCCGCAUCAUCUGCACAGAUCCCAAGACAGGCGCACCACUGCCCAUCCGCAUCAUCAUCACUAACACGUCCGGAUACAUCAUCUCGGUUGAGCUUUACGAGGAGCGUAAAUCAGAAAAGGGUAACGAAUGGUUCUUCCACAGCAUCGGUGGUACCAACAAGGUUGGCUCCAUGCAUCUGCGACCGGUCUCAACUCCCUACGAGACCAAGGGCGCACUCCAGCCGAAACGUUACAAGGCACACAUCAUGGGCACACAAUACGUCUACGAUUUCCCGGAGCUGUUCCGUCAAGCCAUUGAGAACGAAUGGACCGCUAUUGUGGCCCAGCACCCAUCCAUGAAAGACAAGCAGCCAGUCCGUGGAGAUUGUAUCGAGUAUAACGAACUCGUGAUCGACGAAAGCGACAAUUUGGCUGAAGUCCACCGUGAACCGGGUGCCAACCAGAUCGGAAUGGUCGGCUGGAUGGUCACCGCAAAGACUCCCGAAUAUCCCCGUGGUCGCCGCUUCAUCAUUAUCGCGAACGACAUCACCCACAAGAUCGGCUCCUUUGGUCCUUUGGAAGACAACUUCUUUCACAAGUGUUCCGAGCUUGCUCGCAAGCUUGGUAUCCCAAGGAUUUACUUGUCGGCCAACUCGGGUGCACGUAUCGGUAUGGCUGAAGAGCUUAUUCCGCACUUCUCUGUCGCCUGGAAGGAUGCCAACAGACCCGAGGCGGGCUUCGAGUAUCUCUACCUCACACCAGAGAAGAAGGCUCGUUUCGAAGACGGCGCGCUGAAGCACGUCCUCACCAAGCCAAUCACCGUUGAGGGCGAGCUCCGCCACCAGAUCACGACCAUCAUUGGUGCCGAGGACGGUCUUGGUGUUGAAUGUCUUCGAGGCUCUGGACUCAUCGCCGGUGAGACUUCUCGCGCCUACGAGGAUAUCUUCACAUUGACACUCGUCACCUGCCGUUCCGUCGGUAUUGGUGCCUACCUCGUCCGUCUCGGUCAACGUUCCAUCCAAAUUGAGGGACAGCCGAUCAUUUUGACAGGUGCACCCGCCAUCAACAAACUUCUCGGCCGCGAAGUGUACACUUCCAACCUCCAGCUCGGUGGCACCCAGAUCAUGUACAAGAACGGUGUCUCCCACAUGACAGCCAAUGAUGACUUUGCUGGUGUGUCCAAGAUUGUUCGAUGGCUCUCGUUCGUACCAGAGAAGCGUGGCGCGCCUGUGCCAAUUUCACCUUCAGCCGACACUUGGGAUCGUGAAGUGACCUUCUUCCCUCCACAAAAGGCGCCUUACGACGUUCGUCACCUUAUUGCUGGUCAGCAGACCGAUGCUGGUUUCAAAUCUGGUCUGUUCGACAAAGAUUCCUUUGAGGAGGCGCUCGGCGGCUGGGCCAGGACCGUCGUCAUCGGCCGCGCUCGUCUCGGCGGCAUUCCGGUCGGUGUCAUUGGUGUCGAGACACGUUCCGUGGAGAACGUCUCCCCCGCUGAUCCCGCCAACCCUGACUCGAUUGAGCAAGUCACCAACGAGGCGGGUGGUGUGUGGUACCCGAACAGUGCUUACAAGACUGCACAAGCAAUCCGCGACUUCAACCACGGUGAACAAUUGCCUCUGAUGAUCCUUGCCAACUGGCGAGGUUUCUCUGGUGGCCAGCGUGAUAUGUACAACGAGGUUCUCAAGUAUGGCUCCUACAUCGUCGACGCGCUGGUCAAGUACGAGCAGCCUAUCUUCGUAUACAUCCCGCCGCAUGGAGAGCUCCGAGGUGGUUCUUGGGUCGUCGUCGACCCCACGAUCAACCCUCAAUACAUGGAAAUGUAUGCCGACGAGGAAUCCCGCGGUGGUGUGCUCGAGCCCGAGGGUAUCGUUGGCAUCAAGUACCGUAAGGAACGUCAGCUUGAGACCAUGGCCCGCCUCGACCCGACCUACGGCGAGCUCAAGACACGCUCGCUGGCAAAGGACCUCACGGCCGAGCAACAGAACGAUAUCAAGCGCAAGAUGACGGAGCGUGAGAAUCUCCUACUACCGGUCUACCUGCAGAUCUCUCUGCAAUACGCCGAUUUGCACGACCGUGCCGGGCGUAUGGAGGCCAAGGGCACGAUCCGCAUGGCUCUACAAUGGGCACAAGCCCGUCGCUUUUUCUACUGGCGUCUCCGCCGCCGUCUCAACGAGGAAUACGUGCUCCGCCGCAUCGCCGGCCAACAAUCCAAGGACCUCGUCAACCGCGAUGCCAACCUCAAGACCCUCGAGGCCUGGUCUUCGCUGCCCAACUACCCGACCGAUGACAAGGCGGUGGCGGUCUGGUUCGAGGAGAACCGCAAGUCAAUCGCAGACAAGAUCGAGGCCAUGAAGGCUGACGCUGUCGCUUAUGACGUCGCGGCCCUCAUGCGCAGCAACAAGACUGGCGGACUGAAGGGUGUGGCUCAAGUCCUCAGCAUGUUGCCUGUGAACGAGAAGGAGGAGGUCCUCAAGUGGCUCGCCCGGGCAUAAGGGAGGUCUCUCAUGGAACCCUUGAUAACACUGCUCUCCGCGGUGCGUUACGAUAGAAAGGAUUACGAUGGAAUUUGGGAAGGCGCGGAAAGUUUUCCCAGAUAAGGGUUUUGGAGUGUCGGUUUCGUUGGUUUUUGUUCUGUGCUGUCUCAUGUUUCGUAUCACAGGGAGCGUAAUGGUUGUUUUUUCGUUUUUGUUCAGUACGAUGGGAAAGGUAGUCUCUCAUGAAUUUACGAUGGAAUUGUUCGACUUGGAUCACGCUGUUUGAGACGCAGACUUGGACCCGAUGUCUAAACUGCUUUCACGCUCUCCGCUCAUAGCCGCACGAGACUGUAUGAAGUUGCGCGCAGUCAAUUCGUCCAAAC